AGUGAUUAUCUCAUCCUGUAACUGCAUCAUCACCCCACGCUGCUCUACUCACACAGCUGCAUCCCUUCAUUCAUGAAGUGAAAGUACUUGGACUCUUCAGGAUGGAGGCUGUGGCACUUUUCUCUUUCACAGCAUCAGCAGCUGAUGAGAUCAGUUUUCAGAAAGGAGACAUUGUCAAGGUGACAGAUAUGGAGGAUGAUUCGUACUGGUUCACAGCAGAGAUCCAGGGGAAACGCGGCUUCGUGCCAGAGAACUACAUUUCCCUUCUUCCUCAUCCCUGGUUUUCAGGACGCGUGUCCAGACUCGAAGCUGAACAGUAUCUCCGUUGGCAGGACACGGGAGUUUUCCUGGUCAGAGAGAGCGAAUCAGCUCCUGGAGAGUUUUCCCUGUCUGUAAGUUACGGUGACAGAGUGGAGCAUUUCCGAGUUCUUGAGGGGGGCGGUCAGUACUGCAUCUGGGAUGAGUCCUUCUGCUCCCUGAACCGCCUGGUGGAUUUCUACAGGACCCACAGCAUCGCGGUGGAGAAGGUGGUCUUCCUCAGAGACAGUCCUUCAGACACAUCCUCCCCUGGUCGGAACCCGUAUCCCAACCCUUAUAAAAGCAGCUCCCAGGAGCUCCAGUCCUCAUCCAAGGACAGGAAGGCCUCCCCACAUCUGCUUGAACCAGUUUUGGAGAAACCCCGUCUGGCCCAUGCCCUCUGCGACUACACUCCCCCUCAGCGAGCUUACCUCCACUUCCUGCGUGGGGACAUCAUCGACCUGCUGGACUGCUCCACGCCGCUGACCUGGAGAGGACGCUGCCGUGGACGGGUGGGAAUCUUUCCAGCAGAGUACGUCCAGCCGCUGUACCACUGACACCAUAUCAACCUAAAGACCUUCGUGACCACAGCUGCAUCAGGCUGCGGUGACUCAACAAACAUCAGUUGACUAAAACAUUAUGACUUCAAGUCACCUAUCAAGAAAAAGCGCCAAACCCUCAUUUCUUCCAUCUUCUUAAAGUGAAAAUUUGGCUAUUAAAUACAAAUAUCUUUGGAUUAUUUAUUUACUAUUUAUUUAUUUUUGCCAUUGACUAAACUAUACAACUGACUAAACAAUGUAAAACUCCUCUUUUGAGCUGAGCUUUGUUGUGUUCCGUUGCACCAGCUUGCACUGAUAAUAUAUCAAAUAUGUUUGUUUUUUUUCCACUUGUGUAUCCUCCUACCUCUACUUAAAUGUAAGUCAAGUGUACCAAUACCAAAUAAAGACUGAUAUUAUCUAGAAAUGUUUGUUUAUUUUCAACAUGAACACAUGCAGGUUUGAUGAUGUAUCUUUACAUUUAUUUGAGAAAUCAUAAUAAAGAAAAAAACAUUUCAU